GGCCACAUAACGGAAACGGUUAUCAAGUCAGGCAUGCGCGUGAUGCAAAAGCAGGAAAAAAGCCCGAGAAACACACAGGGUUUACGGGGUUGUAGUGGAGUCGCUUUGGACUCCGAAACGGCUUUAUCCGUCCACAAACUUCACCUCAGCUUGGGAGCAUUUCCUCUCUUUCAGCGGAGGUGGAGGCUCGAACCACAGCCGAAAACACGACGCACUCAUGAAGGAGCCUUUCGCCACCAGACCUGAGGGAACAAAAAGUUUCGGAAAAAUACACAAGUCUGUAAUCCGAAUCAGGACAGGAUUCUGGAAUUUUCAGGGAUUUAAAGCUGUUGAGUAAAUACGAAACUCUGCGAAACACGUUAACAAGCUUCGAUAUUGAAAGGCUUUUUUUUGUUUGUUUGUUUGUUUCUCAUCCACAAAUGGGAAAGCGCCUUUUCUAAACAUAUCCAGAGCUUGAAAAACAGGAAUGAGCACAAAGAAAACAUCUAGGAUAACAGCUGCUUCAUCGAGCUUCAAGUUGAGAUCCUGAGCUCAGCCAAGACAUCAUUAAAUACACUUAUCAAUGCAGUGUGUACGCCAUAAGGCACCAGGGUACUGUGUAACGAGAGCAUAAUUAUAAUUAUUACCCAGUAAUUAUGCUAUUGGAAUUAGCAUAUUAUUGUGUAAAUUCAGAGAAGAAAAAUACACACUUCAUAACAGCUAUAAAGGACUGUGUAAGACUGUAAAAGUUGUUAUACUAUAUAAAGACAGAUGUCCAAAUAAAACUUUAAACUCAGAAAAUCAGUGGAGCUGAGACACAGGUUUCAGGCUCACCAACUUUGGGAUUUACUCAGCAGUCAUCUCAGUGGUAGGAGGCAAGCCAAUGUCUGCCUGCAGUAGCACACCUCCUCCACCCUUGCCCAAAGCCUACCUCCACUCCCAGCCUACGCCCCCCACCCCAUCCCCAAGUCCCCCUGUGGCCCUCUUUGGCCGCCUGUCCAACGGCAGUCACAGUGCUCCAAGCCCUACGCUCUCCAGAGGUUCUCUCCAUGGACUCUCCUUUCUCCUUCAGAUUGGCCUCACCAGGGAGACAGUCAGCCUGGAGCCACAUGACCUGUCACUCAAUGCUGUGAAAGACCUGGUCUGUUCCAUUGUCGACCAAAAGUUCCCUGAGUGCGGAUUCUUCGGUAUGUAUGACAAGAUCCUACUCUUCCGCCAUGACCUGAACACUGACAACAUUCUGCAGCGACUAACGUCAGCAGAGGAUAUCCACGAGGGAGACCUUAUUGAGGUGGUCCUUUCAGCUCAGGCUACUGUGGAAGACUUUCAGAUUCGGCCUCACGCCCUCUACGUGCACUCAUACAAGGCCCCUACUUUCUGUGACUACUGUGGGGAGAUGCUGUGGGGUCUCGUUCGACAAGGUCUUAAAUGUGAAGGUUGUGGGCUGAAUUACCACAAGCGGUGCGCCUUUAAGAUCCCAAACAACUGUAGCGGAGUCAGAAAGAGGCGCCUUUCCAAUGUUUCUCUUCCCGGUUCAUCACUGUCCAUCCCUCGGCCUCUACCCGCAGAAAAUGCUGUGGUGACCUUGGAGGAGCAACAGCGCCCCCAUCAGGAAGCCGGGAAGCGAAUCCCAUCCUGGAGUGGUCGGCCGAUCUGGAUGGAGAAGAUGGUGCUGGGGAGGGUGAAAGUGCCACAUACUUUUGUCAUCCACACAUACACACGCCCCACCAUCUGCCAGUACUGCAAACGCCUGCUCAAGGGCCUGUUCCGCCAGGGCAUGCAGUGCAAAGAUUGCAAGUUUAACUGCCACAAGCGAUGUGCAUCCAAGGUACCAAAAGACUGUCUUGGGGAAGUAGUCUUCAAUGGAGAACCAGCCAGUCCAGCUCCAGAUUCUGACACCACCAUGGAAGUGGAUAUCAGUGAUGUCAACAGUGACAGCAGCAGAGGCCAGGACGACUCUGAAGAACCCUCUACUCCUGAGGACAAGGUCUUUCGGGACUAUCCAUUCUCAGACCAGGAGAAAGACGAGGAGCCAGUAAAAGCUCCUCAGAUCAGCCCAUCCACUAGCACUAAUAUCCCAUUGAUGCGUGUAGUGCAGUCCAUUAAACACACCAAGAGAAGAAGCUCCACUAUGGUCAGGGAGGGAUGGAUGGUGCACUACACCAGUAGAGACAACCUUAGAAAGAGACACUAUUGGAGGCUGGACAGCAAAAGCCUGACUUUGUUUCAGAAUGACACAGGAGCCAAGUUCUACAAGGAGAUUCCUCUCUCUGAGAUUCUGCAAGUGGAGGCAGCACGGGAUUUCAGUAGUCUUACUAUGGGAGGCAAUCCACACUGCUUUGAGAUUAUUACUGCUACUAUGGUCUAUUAUGUUGGGGAGAACACUGGUGGCCCCCAUCAUAUGCAUAACCCCAUGCUAGCUGCCUCUGGCGUGGGGCUGGAGGUGGCGCAGGGUUGGGAGAUGGCCAUCCGCCAGGCCCUCAUGCCUGUUCCAGUUACACCUCAGCCAAGUGUGGGUGCUGCUGCUGGUCAGGGCAAGGACCACAAGGAACUGUCAAUGAGCAUUUCUGUAUCUAACAGUCAAAUCCAGGAAAAUGUGGAUAUCAGCUCUGUUUACCAGAUCUUUGCUGAUGAAGUUUUGGGAUCAGGCCAGUUUGGCAUUGUAUAUGGAGGAAAACACAGAAAGACAGGCAGAGAUGUAGCAAUAAAGGUCAUUGAUAAAAUGAGGUUUCCUACCAAGCAAGAAAGCCAGCUGAGGAAUGAAGUAGCCAUUUUACAGAACCUGCAGCAUCCUGGAAUUGUCAACUUGGAGUGCAUGUUCGAGACCCCAGAGCGGGUGUUUGUUGUCAUGGAGAAGCUGCACGGGGACAUGUUGGAGAUGAUCCUGUCCAGCGAGAAAAGCAGACUGCCCGAGCGCAUCACAAAAUUCCUCGUCACACAGAUUCUGGUGGCUUUGAGGCAUCUGCAUUUCAAAAACAUUGUUCACUGUGAUCUCAAGCCAGAAAAUGUGCUCCUAGCCUCAGCAGAGCCUUUUCCUCAGGUGAAACUGUGUGACUUUGGUUUUGCUCGCAUAAUUGGUGAGAAGUCAUUCCGUCGCUCUGUUGUGGGAACUCCAGCAUAUCUGGCCCCUGAAGUUCUUCGUAGUAAAGGUUAUAACCGCUCACUGGACAUGUGGUCAGUGGGGGUCAUCAUCUACGUCAGCCUGAGUGGUACCUUCCCCUUUAACGAGGAUGAAGAUAUUAAUGAUCAGAUCCAGAACGCAGCAUUUAUGUAUCCACCGAUGCCUUGGAAGGAGAUAUCCACAGAAGCCACAGAUCUUAUCAACAACCUUCUUCAAGUGAAGAUGAGGAAGCGGUACAGCGUGGACAAGUCCCUGAGUCAUCCAUGGUUCCAGGACUACCAGACAUGGCUAGACCUGCGGGAAUUUGAGACUCGGCGGGGUGAGCGAUACAUUACCCACGAGAGCGAUGAUGCACGCUGGGAGGAGUUUGCUGAUGAGCACAGUCUGGUCUACCCCAAACAUUUCAUUAUGGCUCCAAACCUAGACGACAUGGAUGAAGACCCCUAGUUACAUUCUGGACCAAAUCUGUUAAGGAGGUGUCAUAUUUUUGCUAGAAUGCGCUAGACCCUUAAGGACCUGAAGCUAAAGUGAAUACAGGACUCUGCUGAGGCAGCAGAUGCAGGGUAUUAGGGGAUGUGUGAAGGAGCCAAAUGUUACAAAAGCUGACAGCAGUUUAAGUCUUUGGGUUUCCAGAACUUACAGUCAAGAACUUUUGUGAUGAAGACUCAUUUUCUUCUAAUCCUAGUGGACUCUAAAUGUCAGUAUUAUGAAUUUGACUUAUUUAAGGGCUAAGUUCAUAAAGCCUAUAACACAAAUAACCUUGUAUUCUAUAACUGGAAGAUAUUAGGCUGUUUUGGUUAAAAAAAAAAAAAAGCCAUACAGAGGAGUUAGGAAACAUAGGUGUCCUUACAAUAUACGUGGAGAAAGACCAUAAAGAUCCCUAUGAAAAAUUGUUUCUAUAUAGGAAAUAGAAAAUACUUAAAACUUUAAUGAUGGCCUCUAAAAUUUAUUUUCAUCAGUUCCUUAGACUAAUCUGAGAAAUUAUACAUGGACAAUCUUUAUAAUUUAAAUCAUGCACGAAUCAUAUGUUCAUCGUCAACAUCAGUAUGUUUCUAUUUUCUUUUUUUUACUUUUUCUGAUUAAGCUGAUACUGUUUUUCCUUCCUGUUUUUUAAAGGUUCCAUCAGUAUAGACUAUGACUGUUGUUCACACAGUCAAGCUGACUUGAAAUAGCACUACAAUGUGUUACUGUGCAGUUGUUAAACACAUCAAAAUAAUUAAUAAUUGCUACAGAUCAUGUUUUAAUAGCAGAAUUGCGUUUUUUUUUCAGGUGGGUCAUACCCCAAAAGAUUCAGCAUGUAACAUAACUUAGUGGUAUUCACAGUAUCAUCCGAAACUGGAGUAAAAUGAUUAAUUUUAGCCAUAAAUACUGAAUUGACUUCAGUACAAGGUGUUUUCACUCAGAUCAGUACGAUGUAAGUACGUUUGUAUAAACUCCCCUUCUAUGUGCACUAUAUAGGAUGGAACAUUCACUAUGGUGAGCAGCUAAGAUUUGCCUAUAAAUGUUCAAAUUCAAUUAUUUAUUGAUUACAAUUAGGCAUACAGUGCACAAUCUGUUCUCAAGGUUUGCCAUAGCACAGAAUAAGGAGCCAUUUUGAGCAGAUCAAUUUGACUGCUUUUAAUGUUUGCAUGAGAUGGAAGAUUUUCCAUCACUUUGUCUGGGAGAGGAGGGGAUGUUUGCUCCUCUGAAUCCAUAUAAUCAUUACUUCAUGUUGCCACUGGAUUGGCAGGUGUGAGUGUUUUGUAUAUUUUAGUACAUAAAGAAUUAAAUGCA